AUGGACCUAGCGAGGGCGAGGCGGGACAUAUUUAGGGCAGAGAAGGCGCUAGCGGAUUGUGUAGUGCGAGAACACGAAAUCAUGGUGAAUCUUUCCAAGCACCAGUCUGACAUUUCGAAGAAAAAGCUCGACAAAGCAGAUACAGGAUUAGGAUUGCAAGAACAAUCCAACCGUCACAUAUCAGUAAUUUUAGACUGA